CUUCGAAUGCCCCUUCUCUUCUCCCAAACCCGCCGCCGAGCCGAUAGGCGACAGGUCGCUUCUCAGUUCUCCCAUUUCGUGUCUUGGAAGGUUCUGGAGAGAAACCCUAACCUGAGGCGAGGAAAACCAAUCGGAGGCGCGCCGGAUGGACGCCUACGCUCUCCACCUCGCUGUGGCGGCGCUCGUCGGCGCCUCCGUCGUCGCCGUCUCCGCCUACUACAUGCACCGCAAAACCCUAAGCCAGGUCCUCGACUUCGCCCGCGCCGUCGAGAGGGAGCGUGACCGUCGCCGCGAUGCCGCCCUCGAAGACGAGGGCGACGAGACCAGGAGGUGGAGGCGUGGCCAGUACGGCCCUCGACGCAAGAGCCCCGGUUACUACCGACGCGUCGGAGGGUCGGUGUCGUUGCCGGACGUAAUGGCGGCGGCGGAGACGGACGGGGAGGAGGAGGAGGAGGCUCUGGAGGGCCAGGUGCCGGUGACGAAUGGGCCGUUCUUGGUGGAGGAGGAUCAAAAGGGAUAUCCGAUUCCCGAAGGGUUGCCUCGUCUGCAAACCGUUCCGGAAGGUAAUAAGCAAUCUGCUCAUGCUGUCCCAAAUAAAAGAGGGGGACAUGUUAUCAGACCAGCUUCUCCUAAAUCUUCUGUUCAUAGCGCUUUUGGUAGUCAAGAUGGUUCAGAGGAAGAUGAUAAUAUGGGAAAUGAUGCAAAACUUGAUGAUGCCUAUUUACACACAAAUGGACAUUUCAUAGACGAUAACAGCAAAGGCUUAUUUCAAGCUUUGCCUAAUCAUAUUGUUGGAAAUGCUGAUCCAAAAUCAAUAACUGCAUCUAGCAUGAUUCGAUCUCAUAGUGUGUCCGGUAAUCUGCACGGUGUACAACCUGACCCUGUAGCAGCAGAUAUUCUUAGAAGAGAGCCUGAACAAGAAACUUUUGUAAGACUAAAAAUUACUCCAACAGAGAGAUCAUCUCCUGAUGAAGAAGAUGUCUAUAUAAUUCUCCAGAAAUGUCUUGCACUGCGAGAGAGUUAUGUCUUCAGAGAGGAAGUUGCUCCUUGGGAGAAAGAAGUCAUAACGGACCCUAGUACACCAAAGCCUAACCUUAACCCCUUUGCCUAUGUGUUCGAACAGAAGACAGAUCACGUGUUCCAUAUGGUGGACGGAGUUGCUCAUGUUUAUGCUAAUAAAGAUUUAAAAGAAAGGCUUUUCCCAGUUGCUGACGCUACAACCUUUUUUACGGACUUGCACUAUAUCCUCCGAGUUCUUGCAGUUGGAAAUAUCAGAACAUUAUGCCAUCAGCGUCUAGAUCUUCUUGAACAGAAAUUUAAUCUUCAUUUGAUGCUCAACGCGGAUAGAGAAUUUCUUGCUCAGAAAAGUGCUCCUCAUCGUGAUUUUUACAAUGUCAGGAAGGUUGACACUCAUGUUCAUCACUCAGCAUGUAUGAACCAGAAACAUCUGUUGAGAUUCAUUAAAUCAAAGCUGAGAAAGGAACCUGAUGAGGUUGUGAUAUUCAGAGACGGGACCUAUAUGACACUGAAAGAGGUUUUUGAGAGUUUGGACUUGACUGGGUCUGAUCUUAAUGUUGAUCUCUUAGAUGUCCAUGCAGACAAGAGCACCUUUCAUCGGUUUGAUAAGUUCAACCUUAAAUACAAUCCUUGUGGCCAGAGUAGGCUACGGGAAAUUUUUCUGAAGCAAGAUAAUCUCAUACAAGGUCGUUUUAUGGCUGAGCUUACAAAGCAAGUGUUUUCUGAUCUCGCCGUCAGUAAAUACCAGAUGGCGGAAUAUAGAAUAUCCAUAUAUGGAAGGAAGCAAAGCGAGUGGGACCAGCUUGCAAGUUGGAUAGUUAAUAAUGAACUAUACAGUAAAAAUGUUGUUUGGUUGAUUCAGAUUCCAAGGUUAUACAAUAUUUACAAGGAAAUGGGUAUAGUAAACUCAUUUCAAACGCUUCUUGACAAUAUCUUCCUUCCCCUUUUUGAGGUCACAGUAGACCCUGAUUCACACCCACAGUUGCAUGUUUUUUUGAAACAGGUUGUUGGUCUAGAUUUGGUGGAUGAUGAAAGCAAACCAGAAAGACGCCCAACAAAGCAUAUGCCAACUCCAGAACAAUGGACAAAUGUUUUUAACCCUGCAUUCUCAUAUUAUGCAUACUAUUGCUAUGCUAAUUUGUAUACUCUGAACAAGCUCCGUGAGUCCAAGGGCCUGACAACAAUCAAAUUUCGCCCUCAUUCAGGAGAGGCUGGUGACAUUGAUCACCUUGCUGCGACAUUUCUUUGUGCUAAUAAUAUAGCUCAUGGAAUCAAACUAAGAAAGUCCCCUGUCCUUCAGUAUUUGUAUUAUCUUGCUCAGAUAGGUUUGGCGAUGUCUCCUCUCAGCAACAACUCACUAUUUCUGGAUUAUCAUCGGAACCCGUUUCCAAUGUUCUUUCGCAGAGGUCUAAAUGUUUCUCUUUCAACAGAUGAUCCUCUGCAAAUUCAUCUAACAAAAGAACCUCUGGUGGAAGAGUACAGUAUUGCAGCCUCGGUGUGGAAACUUAGUUCGUGUGAUUUAUGUGAAAUUGCCAGGAAUUCAGUUUGCCAGUCGGGUUUUUCACAUGCUCUUAAGUCGCAUUGGAUUGGGAAACAUUAUUACAAGCGAGGACCUGAUUGCAAUGACAUCCAUAGAACCAAUGUACCUCAUAUCCGACUUGAAUUUCGUGACAUGAUAUGGAGAGAAGAGAUGCGACUAGUUUAUUUAGGAAAGCCUAUUAUACCAAAAGAAAUGGAGAAGUGAGGCUUUCUUCCUGCCUUUUUGUUAUAGGUUGAUCAUAUCGUAUUUUCGUGCCGAUCAUCGAUCAUCGGGUUCAAAGUUUAGCUAUCGAGCCUUGCGCUAAGGUUCGACCAAUAUCCAUCCAAGACCAAUUAAACGUUUGCAUUAUGCAUAAGCUGGAAAGCAGAAAAACAGUGUGAUUAGCUGACGCCUUACGCGUCAUCUACCCUCGACUCGAGGUAACGAGACCCAGCCAUUUAAGGCCAGGGGCGUCGCUCUUAGUUUCAGGUUAUUCAAAUUGAUAAAUAAGUAAACUAAAACUCUUCAUUUGAUUUAGUUGUAGAUGCGAAAGCAUUUACACAAUGUAUAUGGCGGUGACUUGUGUACUCAGACAUUAAUCAGCUGAGCUAUGUUCAUUUGCUAGGAAACAAAAAAAUAAUACCCUUCGCCUUGAGUUGGUGAAUGGUUGAUCAAUCAGGUGCUAAUCAAUUAUAUUAAGAGAAUUAUAAGCU